CAGUGCCGUAGAGGGUGUCUUUGGUUCACCUGCAGCGUAUUUCAUUAAACUUCUGAAAUCAAUUCGCGUCGGUUGUGUGUUUAACUUUCUAGCCGCCCAAUCAAUUCUAAACCGAAAGCGUCACCAUGUCGAUUCUAACGGGCAGCGCAAAUGCGGUCAAGUACACGCUUUUUGGAUUUAACUUGAUCUUUCUGAUCACGGGCAUUAUCCUUAUAGCCGUUGGAGCCGGCGUCGGAGCCGUUUACACUGGCUAUGAGCUAUUCUUGGCCGGCAAGUUCUUUUCGAUCCCGACAUUCCUCAUUGUGAUCGGUGCCUUUAUCAUUGUGAUCACGUUCUUCGGCUGCUGGGGUGCCCUUAAGGAGAACUACUGCCUGGUACUAAGCUUCUCGAUCAUGCUGGCCAUCAUCUUCAUCCUGGAGCUGUCCGCCGGCAUCAGUGGCUAUGUUCUGCGCAAUGAUGCCAGCUCCUUGAUAAAGACAUCGCUGACGGAAUCGCUGAAGGAUUACAAUACCUUCACCCAGAGCCCAACUACUGCCCUGUGGGACGAUGUCCAGCACGAUUUCAACUGUUGCGGUGUGUCCGACUACAAAGACUGGGCUGUAACCUACCCGAACGCCUCCCUGCCGAUCUCGUGCUGCACGAUUCCCGUGGGCGCAGCUGGCACCUUCUCCUGCUUUAACAACUUUACGAGUGAAGGUGUGCGGCACACCAACGGUUGUCUGGACGGGUUCUCCAAUUAUAUUGCCUCGCAUGCGGUCAGCCUGGGUGCAGCUGGCGUUGUCAUUGCCGUCCUUCAGUUCUUCGGUGUGAUCUUUGCCUGCUAUAUUGCACGUGAGAUCAAAAUCCGGAACGGCAUUACGGGCUUCAUCUAGAGGGACCAAGCAUCAACUCUAAGAGUUGCGGAACAAAUGCCUGAGGAGUCGAGCCGAUGCCUAGCAAUUUAUAUUUAAGUCAAUACUUUGGCAUUUUCCAUCAGCUACAAAUAUAUAUGUUUAUUGUAUGUGUAUACCAUAUGAAUAUUGGUAAAUAAAAUAUAGCUCUUACACACAUU